GCUGAGCUGGGGGCAGCGGCUCCUCACCCUUGCUGGCCGGGGAGGUGGGAGGGGGAAGCUCAUCUUCCUUUUCCUCCUGGGAAAAGAUGCAAUGUGUUAGGAGGCUGAUGGCUCUUUGGGGAAUCUUCGUUGUUCCAGAAGGAGAGAUUAAAGUUUUAGCAGUUGAAUACAUGCAUCUUUAAGAAGCUAAUUACACAGCUAUGUAAGAAGUAUCAAUUAUGGAGAAGGCUGAGGAAUCCACACAAACGAGAUCUCUGAAUAACAACUUUUUCACGUAAAUUGACAAAAGUGGAGAAGAGAUGGCCAGUUCAGCCCGAGAACAUCUGCUUUUUGUGCGACGUCGCAACCCACAGCUACGGUAUACUCUGAGCCCAGAGAAUCUGCAGAGUUUGGCAUCUCAGGGCGCCAUGGCUGAGAACAUGAACUUGCAGCGUGCCAACAGUGACACUGAUUUAGUGACCUCGGAUAGCAGGUCUAGUUUGACAGCCAGUAUGUACGAAUACACCUUGGGACAAUCUCAGAACCUCAUCAUUUUCUGGGAUAUUAAGGAAGAAGUAGACCCGACUGACUGGAUAGGACUUUAUCACAUAGAUGAGAACUCUCCGGCCAAUUUCUGGGAUUCCAAGAAUCGGGGAGUGACUGGCACGCAAAAGGGACAAAUUGUGUGGCGAAUUGAACCUGGUCCCUAUUUUAUGGAAUCUGAAAUUAAGAUCUGUUUUAAAUACUACCAUGGUGUUAGUGGAGCCCUCCGAGCUACUACUCCGUGUAUCACUGUGAAAAACCCUGCUGUGAUGAUGGGAGUAGAAGGCAUGGAUGAAGGUGCUUCUGGAGCCCAGCACUCUAGGAAGUUAGUCAGCUUUACCCUAUCAGAUAUUAGAGCAGUUGGACUUAAAAAAGGCAUGUUCUUCAACCCCGAUCCUUAUCUGAAGAUGUCCAUUCAGCCAGGCAAGAAAAGUACAUUUCCUACAUUUGCUCAUCAUGGCCAGGAAAGAAGGUCGACUAUCAUCAGUAACACAACUAAUCCUGUUUGGCACAGAGAGAAAUAUUCUUUUGUUGCACUUCUAACAGAUGUCCUGGAAAUUGAGGUUAAAGACAAAUUUGCCAAGAGUCGUCCAAUCAUCAAGCGCUUUCUUGGAAAGUUAACCAUACCAGUUCAGAGACUAUUGGAGAGACAUGCAAUUGGAGACCAGGUUCUCACCUAUAAUCUUGGCAGAAGGCUCCCAGCUGAUCAUGUAAGUGGAUAUCUCCAAUUCAAAGUGGAAAUCACAUCAUCUGUUCAUGAAGAUGCUUCACCAGAAACAGUUGGCACUUUGCUAGGAGUGAACUCUGUAAAUGGAGACUUGGGGAGCCCCUCUGAUGAUGAGGACAUGCCAACAGGACAUCACGAUACGUCCACAGUGUGUUCCAAUGGUCCAGUCCUUGAGGAAUCUUCUGGAGAAGCAAUCCUGAGACACUCUUUAAGGACUAGUAGAACUCUGGAAACGGACCAGGAUGAGUUGACAUCUGGUGCUUCAAGAUCAUCACCUACUAGAGGACGCCAGGACUCACUAAAUGACUAUCUGGAUGCGAUAGAACACAAUAAUCAUCCCAGACCGGGGACGUCUGCCUGUGGUGAGCGCCCACGUGGAGCCUCCCCAAAACUGAGGAGUAGCUUUCCUACUGACACAAGACUUAAUGCUAUGCUUCACAUUGACUCAGAUGAAGAGGAGCAUGAGCUACAUCAAGACCUGGGUUUUCCGUCUUCCUUGGAAGAUGAUGGUGGUUUAGUAAUGCUUAAUGGUGCUACAAGAAAUGUGGAAAGAAAUGGUUUAAGUUACUCAUCAGAUCAGGUAAUUCAAGGGCCUGCAGAGAAUGAAAACGUUUCAGCCUCUGAAGCUCCUUUGCCAUCAGCUGAUGACCAGCAAGAGACUCUUCCAGAGCUUCCACCAUCACAGCUAGCAGGAGGUGAAAGCCUGCAAGGUUCUCAAGGUGAAGCUCCAGCAGAGCAGGCUGGCAGCGGGUGUGCCGCUCAGGAGGCAGAGCAGCCUCCUGGCAGUGUGGACGCAGGAGCUGCCGAUGCCGCUGCUGGGAGCAGAAGGGGCGUUAGUGAAAUGGAAUCCCUUGAUCAAGGGUCUGAACCUUCCCAGAUGUCAUCAGAAACCGAGCAGAGUGAUCCUGCUCGCACAGAAAGUGUCAGUGAGGCUAGUACCCGGCCAGAAGGGGAGAGUGAUGUGGAAGGGGCAGACAGCUCUUGCAAUGAAAGCGCGACUGUGCGACAUUCCUCGGUUGAGAUGCGGUGUUCUUCCUUUGAAAGUGCCAGGUUUCCUGAGACUCCAGCCUUCUCUUCUCAGGAGGAGGAAGAGGGAGCUUGUGCCACUGCUGCAGCUAGAGUUGAGCCAGGUGCUGAAACACAGGACUCUGCAAGUACUUCUGGUUCUCUGCCUGCGGUACAGCUACCUCAGGAGGACGUACAGGAGGCUGAAGCAGCUGAAUUGCAAGACCAAGAGGAAGCAGAAGAAAUCUGGCAAAGAAGAAGCAGCCUGCAGGCGGCAGCUGCCAAUAGCCAGUCUCAGGAUGAGGAAGCUGAAGGAGCCCAAGCAGCUUGUGAAGGGGCCACAGCACAGGUUGAAGGAGCUACUGGAGGUUCUCAAGCCAAUGGCCAUCAGCCCUUGAGGUCGCUGCCUUCGGUACGUCAGGAUGUUAGCCGGUACCAGAGAGUGGAUGAGGCUCUACCACCAAAUUGGGAGGCUCGAAUUGACAGCCAUGGACGGAUUUUUUAUGUGGACCACGUGAACAGGACAACGACAUGGCAGCGACCCACAGCCCCCCCAGCCCCACAGAUUCUCCAGAGGUCAAAUUCCAUACAGCAGAUGGAACAGCUGAAUCGCCGGUACCAGAGCAUCCGAAGAACAAUGACUAACGACAGGCCUGAAGAGCAUACAAAUACCGUGGAUGGAGCUGGAGAGGAAACCGACUUUCACCAUUCUAAUGCAGAUUUUCGAAGAGAGAAUGUGCUGCCUCACUCUACCUCCAGAUCCAGACUUACUUUAUUGCUCCAGUCUCCCCCUGUGAAAUUUCUUAUCAGCCCAGAGUUCUUUACAGUGCUGCAUUCUAACCCUAGUGCCUACCGCAUGUUUACAAAUAACACGUGUUUGAAGCACAUGAUCACCAAAGUCCGGCGGGACACCCACCAUUUUGAGCGCUACCAGCAUAAUCGUGAUUUGGUGGGCUUCCUCAACAUGUUUGCUAACAAACAGCUGGAGCUGCCGAGAGGUUGGGAAAUGAAACACGACCAUCAGGGCAAGGCUUUCUUUGUUGACCACAAUUCCCGCACUACCACGUUCAUUGACCCCCGGCUUCCCUUGCAGAGUAGCAGGCCCACUAGUGCGUUAGUCCACCGGCAGCACUUAACUAGGCAGCGCAGCCACAGCGCUGGUGAGGUUGGGGAGGACUCCCGUCAUUCAGGACCACCAGUUUUGCCAAGACCAUCUAGCACAUUUAAUACUGUCAGCAGAGCUCAGUACCAGGAUGUGGUUCCCGUGGCUUACAAUGACAAGAUCGUUGCAUUUUUGCGGCAGCCCAAUAUCUUUGAAAUUCUACAAGAGCGUCAGCCAGAUCUUACCAGGAAUCACUCACUCAGGGAGAAGAUCCAGUUCAUCCGGACAGAGGGAACACCUGGGUUGGUGCGUUUAUCCAGUGAUGCAGACCUUGUCAUGUUACUCAGCUUGUUUGAGGAGGAAAUAAUGUCGUAUGUGCCGCCACAUGCCUUACUUCAUCCUAGUUAUUGCCAGUCCCCAAGAGGCUCACCGGUAUCUUCGCCUCAGAACUCUCCAGGUACUCAGCGUGCCAAUGCCCGAGCUCCAGCUCCUUACAAAAGAGACUUUGAAGCCAAGCUGAGGAACUUCUACAGGAAGUUAGAGACUAAAGGAUAUGGACAAGGCCCAGGGAAAUUGAAAUUAAUCAUCAGGAGAGAUCACUUGCUAGAAGAUGCCUUUAACCAGAUCAUGGGCUACUCAAGAAAGGACCUGCAGAGAAAUAAACUCUACGUAACAUUUGUUGGGGAAGAAGGGCUGGACUACAGUGGACCUUCAAGAGAGUUUUUUUUCCUGGUGUCGAGAGAGCUCUUCAAUCCGUAUUAUGGUUUGUUUGAAUAUUCAGCCAACGAUACCUAUACAGUACAAAUCAGUCCCAUGUCUGCUUUUGUAGACAAUCACCACGAGUGGUUCAGGUUUAGUGGCCGAAUCCUUGGUCUUGCUCUGAUACAUCAGUAUUUGCUAGAUGCCUUUUUUACACGACCCUUUUAUAAAGCACUCCUCCGAAUACUCUGUGACCUGAGUGACCUGGAGUAUCUCGACGAGGAGUUUCACCAGAGUUUGCAGUGGAUGAAAGAUAAUGAUAUACAUGAUAUCCUAGAUCUCACAUUUACUGUAAAUGAAGAAGUUUUUGGGCAGAUCACUGAACGGGAACUAAAGCCAGGAGGUGCUAACAUCCCAGUCACUGAAAAGAACAAGAAAGAAUAUAUAGAAAGAAUGGUGAAAUGGAGAAUUGAGAGAGGUGUUGUACAACAAACAGAAAGUCUAGUUCGUGGUUUCUAUGAGGUGGUUGAUGCGAGGCUUGUGUCUGUAUUUGAUGCCAGAGAACUGGAACUGGUUAUAGCUGGAACAGCAGAAAUUGAUUUGAGUGAUUGGAGAAAUAAUACAGAGUACAGAGGAGGUUAUCAUGACAAUCACAUUGUAAUUCGGUGGUUCUGGGCUGCUGUGGAAAGGUUCAACAACGAACAACGGCUAAGACUUUUACAGUUUGUUACAGGCACGUCCAGCAUACCUUAUGAAGGAUUUGCCUCUCUGCGGGGGAGCAAUGGUCCAAGAAGGUUCUGCGUAGAGAAGUGGGGGAAGAUCACUGCUCUUCCAAGGGCUCACACUUGUUUCAAUCGUCUGGACCUUCCCCCUUAUCCAUCAUUCUCUAUGUUAUAUGAAAAACUGUUGACAGCAGUUGAAGAGACAAGUACUUUUGGACUUGAGUGAUAUACAAACCACAGUGCCCAGCUCAUUGGACUUUUGUGGAUCUGUCUUCUCAAGGAAUGAAUGAAAGUUUGUAUUGGAUUUCCUAGAGGAAAAUCAUUUCACGGUGCAAUUCAAAUAAUGAGGUUCCCUGAAAGAGCUUAUGAAGCAAUUAAAAAGCAUUGUGGUAGUGGCAGAACUCUCUACAGUGAAACUAGAGUGUGCUUGAUGUGCAGGGAAAAGUCUUGCAAUCCAUGGUUUUUCAGGGCCGCCAAACUUGUUAAGUUUAUGUUCUGAGCAAACAAGAAACAUCAUCCCAUGUUGUGAUCAACCUGGCUACUGCAAAACUGACAUGUACCCGAAAACUGGAUUUCAUCAAAGUUGUUGAAUAGAAAAUUCAAGUCAAAACGUGAAAUCAUUAAGCCCCUUACCUACCCAGUAAAUUAUAAAAAAAUCACACAAUAAUAAUUUUUUUUUUAAUUCAUGAAGGUACAUUACUUUAUGCCAUAUGUUAUAACAGCCUAACCAGUACUUGCUUUACCUAAGACUAUGAGUGCCUGCAUGGUGUGUAUCACAGAGCUCAAGUUCCUGGGGCAGAAAUGAAUUGCAAGGAAAGUCAGCAACAAAGGAUGUAACAACUGCUUGCAUUAUGGAGGUUUGUGGAAAUGUGUUUGCCAGUGGUGUGUAUGACAAAAGAUGAGCUGUUAUAAUGAACUUAAUAACCUAAUAAGACUCAUUUUAUGCUUUAUACUGCAUGGAAACUAUUUUAAGAAGAGACUAGCAAUUUAUCACAGCAUAUCAGGAAAAAACCCUAACACAGUGACUUCUGUUUAUUUUUAUAGGUUCAUUAUAUUAGGUUUCUUAGAGUGUAAACAGGAAACAAGCAAACUAAAACACUAUUUCUGUUUUUGUCACUUUCCAUGCUUGAACAGACAUUCUGCUAGUGUUUAUUCUUUAAGCACUCUCAAGGAAAAAAAAUGCCUUUUAUUUUUAUAAGAGUAAAAAACUCCCAAAACUAUUUUUCACUGAAUGUACCAAAGUUGAAGGGACAUUAUGAUCUGACUGAUAGCAAACUGCAUCACUAUCAAGUAUCUAUAAAAACGCUUAGGAACCAGGCUUUCUUCAUGGUGCCAUGUCUAUAGAUAUCAGGACUGUGCACAUAAGUAAUAAUUUUAUAAUGCUAUAUGUGAUAUUGUAAUAUGCAUUUAUUUUAAAUGCAUCCGGGUCAUUUUUCAUGCAUUGGAUAACUUAAUGCAGUGGAGUUUAAUACAGAUAUUUCAUAUUCUCCCAACUUUUUAUUUGUACAGCAUCAUUAAAAAUAGCUCAUUUGGGAACCCAUGAGUAACCUAUUUUAAGGUAAGCCACUGGCCAUAAUGCCACUGUCCCAUAUCAGUGAACACCCACAAGAUGUAAACUGUUCCUAGUGUCUAAGCUUGCAUUUUCACUGAUAAAUAGUUUCCUAUCAAAUGUUAUUUGAAAGAGGUUUUAUGGCAUAUCAAAAACUGCAUGGACACCAAUUUCUUUAUGCUUAGUUUUGCUGAAAUACACAUGGCUUGCUCGCAUCUAUUUUUGGUACUUUCCUCCAGAUGAUCUUGUGGAACACUUGCGCAGCGCGCCGUUUCUUGUACAGCUGCUGUCACACAGUGCAUCCACCACAUUUUAAAAUUCCAGGAAGCUGCACUUGGAUACGGAAUUACAAGAACGUGAAUCUAGCUUUGCGCUAGCCUUCUUGAUGGCACUGAAGCACAGCAAGCCCUGUUCUGUGGGAAAAAUGGCUUUUGAAGUAACAUUCUCACUUUGGAGAAUCUUGAAAGGGCAUCUCAGGGAGGCAUCCAGCCUGUUCUUGUGGGAGGUUUUUUGCAGCGGAGGUGAACGCCUGUGGAGAUGUUGUCAGCAAAGAACUGCCGCUCCACCCUCCAGGUCAGAAUCAGGUGCAGCGGUGGUGGUGGCAGCAACAAAGACCGAGACAGCCCUUCAGGCUUGCUGAGAAAACGUUACUGGUGCAAAGGAAACCCCACUUCCAAAAUCAGAGUGAAGGCAUUCUUUUAUUUCAGGAACAACUGAGCUUCUGCAUGACAUCUGGGACUCGCUUAAGUAACAUAGGUUUUCUUACACUACUUCUGGCUGAUAUGAAGUAGCAAAGAAAAGUCCAAACACAUCACCCUAUUUUUACACAUAUGUUUAUCAGUCUUUGCUAAGAUUGCAUGUCACAGAUCCUAAUGCACAUCUUUUUUCAGAACGCGACUGAGUAGUAGGCAAACUGACUUUUCAUCGGGUCACUCCAGCAUGGCUCAUGUUUCAUAUGAUCCAUUCACUGAGUAGCUAAAACUCCAGUGCUCGAAGCAGAAGGCAACUUUUGGUUGGUUGAAGGACUGCAGAAUUUUGAUUUUACAAUACUGUGUUAUCUGUGGUCUAAAAAGGAGAUUUCCCAGGUGGAAACUGUAUCUACAAGUUUUGAACCAGAAACUCUUUGGAAUGAAAAGUUUAAAUAUUUGGCACAAAGUAAGUUUAUACUAGUCUGCCUUUUAGGUUAUGCUUUUGUACAAAACUCAAACAAUAAAUGCAUCUUCUCAAUUUUUAUUUAAAUAUAUCUACUGCACACAUUUGUUCUGUAUUUAUGCAUGUAAAAAUAGUUGAAAUCAGUCAUGAUGAUCCAGUAUUCUGUCAAGAUGUGACAGGGUCACGAGUGGGGCAGCUGUCAGUUUAAAAAAAAAAAAAAAAAAAAAGAUAAAUGAAAGCAAUCCAGUAUCUGUGUAGCAUUAAGACCAAGAGAGACUGAAGAGAAGCUGCUGUUUCCUCCUUUGCUGCCAACAUCACCUGGGGGAAUCUAGGAAAAUGGUAUUUGAAAGUGAUGGGGAGUUAGCUGCCCAGAUAUGGCUACCUGCAGUGCCUUGAGCACUUGCCUGGCUCUUUGUGAUGAUAGAAGCAAUGCUGCUGCUUUGAAGAGAUUAGCAGGGAGGGAGUACAGGAAAGGAAGCCCGAGCUUUCUCAGAUACCCACGUCUCCUGGCUACUGCUUGGAAUAUUCUCCCUGUGGUGUGGGAAGUCGUUCCUGUUAAAUGUGUCCCAGGUGAAAGCCAACUUUCAUGUCCUGCAGAUGACAGCAACAGGCGACCACGGUGCUUUUGCUUAUGACGUGCUGUGGCAGGCAGGAGGGCCCAGACAGAGAAAGACUGAGAAGCCUUUCUGAAAGCUCUGUAUCUCCUCAGAGCUUUUCCAGACGGUGCCAAGGAACUUUGCGUUUAGGCAGGGAAAAAAAGCCAGUCAACCUGAAGUAGACAAAAAGGCCACCUCUUCCCAGGUCCCCGCAUCCCAGCCCGCCCACCUGGCGCUGCUAGCAGUCAGUCCUGCCAGCACGCUCCUCACUACACCAGAAACACUUGUAAUUGAUGCCAUUAAGCAAUGCGGCCCCUCCUGCCGCAAGCACUGACCCGUUCACAAGCUGCAAGCCAGCAGCAGCUAGGGCAGCAGCGUUUUCACCCGCAGCAGGCAGGAGACAGCUACCUGUCACCUCCAGUCACCCCGUCAGCAGCACCUUGCAGGGUAACGCGGGAGAGCCACCUUUUGAUCCAAAACAAAAUCCAAUUUAACACUCAGUCCUGCUGACCAGAAGCAGACUCUAUCCCUCAACCCCUGCCUGCUGUCUUUCCUUAGUAUUUAUCAAAGAACUGCCUUUUUUGCUUCUAAACAAAACUUUCAUUAUUCUUGUAGUGAACCUACCAUAAAAAGGUGUUAAUAUGGCUUAGAGAGUAUCUAGGGUGAAAUCCAUCUGCAUACAUAGGCCUGCUGGGCACCACAUAAACUCCACAUCGAAGCGGUUAACCUCGGGUCAUACAGGGUAGGGUGAAUAUAUGUAAUUUUCGGGGAAACUGAAAAAGUAGGCAGCAGCAUGCUGGCAGGACAUCAGACAAAGUUUCUGGCAUGAGUUAAACUGGCAGAGCACCGGACUGGUAGUUUGCUUAGUUUAAAAUUAUAGGAAAGAAAAGAGGUUUGUGGUUUCUUAUGUAUUUUUAAUCCUUUAAAAAGUUGGGUUUUUUUAAAAAAGCUUCCUUAUGUAGCAUUUUUAAUGAUAUCAUCUGGUUGCUAAAUGUAAUCUCAGCAGUAUUAAUUGCAGAUGUUUACUGAAUUUCUGCAGCAGUAGCUGCAGAGGUUUAUGGAGCUACUUGCAAACCCACUGUCUCUGGACUGAGGGAAUUCCUUGUCACUAAAGGGGAAUCUGUGGCAGCUGUGUUUGAAUAGAAUGGUGUAAUUUCACUUCCCUUAGCAUAAAGAAAUUUAAUUAUUUUCAGCGAAUGAAACUAAUUAGUAUUAAAUUAUACUAGUAAUUACGUUUUUGUUGCCACUGGUAAUUUAUUCCUGUUAGCACUAAUGGGAAUUGGGCAAAAGUUUGGUCUCCAGUCAUAAGAUUACAAACUUAGCUUUAACGUUAACCUUACAGUAUUAACAUUCAACCAUCACUGCUCUUUGCCCUCCUCAUCCUUUUCUCCCUGGACAAGCAAACUGAACUCCACGCAAAACUUCUGAAUAACUACUCAAAUCUGGCUUAAACUGUUUGCGUUUUGGCUCAAUUAUGCUGUAUGAAAUGGAACAGCAGAAAUACGGGUUGACUAGCUCGCCAAUUGCAAGUAAAAAAUCCUUUACAACCACAGUGGCUGCUAUUGGACUAGUCUACCUUUUUGCCUAAAUAUUUUACAAUUAAAAAAGAGUUUAGGAAUUUAAAUUUGAAAUUGCUUGUUUGCUGGAAAAAUAAAUACGCAUUAGGUAAAUAGUAGAGGGAAAAAAAGGACUUUACAGUAAAAUCAGUAAGGCUAAAACCUUUUUAUAACCCAUUUUUGUUAGCAGUAUGCAAAAUUAUAAAGCUGACCGUACAUACAGUUUUCACAGUGUGUGUUGGUUUAUGUUAUGCAUCGCUUUCAAAUAGACCACAAGCUUCUGUUUAGUUUCAGACUGACUAGUUUCAGCACUAGACUACUGUUUAGAAUCUUCAUUCUAUGAAAAGUUUUCUAUUGAAACAUUUCUAGUAUUUUAUAAAAUAAUUUUAUGUAAAUAAAGGUAUUGGUCAGGUUGAAACUUCAUUUAGGGCUCUACUUCAUAGGGUUUGCUCAGAGCCAUGUUAUGCCUUGGGUAUUUUGAGGUAAACAUGAUUAAUUUCAGAGUUCUAUUUAAUAUCAGUGACAUAAUUACCUUCUGAUCACUGCUUAGAAAGGCUCUUCCUGACUGUAGGUAAAAGGAUGACAGUGAAGGACUCCUCUGGAAUGGUUACAAUCCAUUGUACUAUCUGUAUGUAUUCAAAAUGCAAUUAAAAUAUCUCCUGAGGACUAUGUGAAAUAAUUACUACACUUGUUGAUUAGCCACCUUCUAAAUCAAUAAUUGGAAUUUUGAAUUUAUGUCCUUUAUGUACCAAAUGCAGUCAGAUUACAUCGCAUAAUAAGAAUUAUUAUUAAACUAGAGAUGUAUUCUCACAGAUCUCUUAAAGUUACGGUGAAUGUGAAAGGGAGCCAAGCUAUACUUCUUUCAAUCCUCCCUGCCUUUAAAAAACUUCUGAAUAAUGAAAAAUGUAUUUAGUUUUUCAGUUGUUUCUUUUUUAGAACUUUCAGAAACUUCUCACUGAACCCCCUGCUAGAAAAAGCCUUGUCUACUUAGAGGGCUUUUGCUAAGCACUCAGGAGGUAUAUUGUUCCACUAAUUUAACAGUUUUGUGCUGACAUCAAUGUAAUCAGCUUCCAGAUGUAUAGACCUACAAAACUCCGCAGGACUCUGGUCUCCCUUAUUCUGGGCUGCCUUCCAAAGGCUGAUUGUCCUCUCCCUUUUAAUUGCACAUAAUCCUACAAUCACCCAGAGACGAUUGCUGGCCACCUACGCUGACUGUAGCUACAGUAUCAGAGUAGGACUGUGGGCUUAUUUUUUCAUCAAGAAUUAACCCGGUCUCCUUUGCAACAAAAGCAGCUCCCUUCAGUCCAGAGAGUAGAUAGGAUCACUGUUACUCUGACAUCUAGAUCGUGAGUGGUUUAAGAAAAAGAGUCAUGAAAGUUUUUGGAAAACAGCUGAUUAGGUAUCCAAGUGUAAAAUGUCCUCUGAUUUUAGUUUUGCAAAAGCAAUAAUGAGGCAGGGGAUUUUUCUUGCAAUGCUUUCUAUUGCCAGAAUUUCUGAGGCCCCAGGGGCUGCUUCAGGCUGUUGUCUGGAAGGGUGAAUAGCUCUUGCAGCGAGGCAGGCGAGUGCUGAUGCAGGAAUCACAGCAGCAUGUGAUUUAUCACCUUAGCGAGGACUGUGCCUUCCACAGAUGGAGGUUUUUGUCAUACAGCCCUUGAACUGGUUUCUUUCAAAACCUCGUUCGUAUCUGCAUUGCCUGCUAAUUGCAAUACAAGCAGCUCCUGACAUACUCCAUGGACUAUUCGGCAUGUCUCAUUUUAAAUGAGAAUUACAGUUAUUAUAGGUAGAAAUACUUAUCUAGCAGUAUAAAUGAGGUCAAUAAAAGAUUUUGCUGAGACAUCAUAUCUGAUUGCCAUGCUGACUGCAGUCAGACAUUGGAGCUGAGUAAUUUUAAAACAGAUUACUGUAUGAAUAAGCAAAUAAAUCUCUGAAGCCUCAUAAAUAAUGCUGAGGAAGGAAUGUAAUUGCAGGUGCUGUAGUGAUAAAAUAUGGCAGUUCCACACAGCACAUUGAGCAUACCAAGUGCAACCAUGGCUCAGUGCUAGAGUGAAGGCAAGACUGAAAGAGUAGGGACAGAAAAAGGACCAUGCUUUGCAAAUAGAGCAGGACAGUGAGCUGUGCUGAUGACUGGCUAUACAAAAGGGAAUACUUUUUGCUUGAAAAUUAAGCUAUGAUAAUGUAUCCAGGAAAAAUUACUAUUCAGCCUGAAAUACAGUAGUGUUACUGCAACUACAAGACAUAUUUUACCUAAUUACUAGGUUUUGAAAAUCUAAAGUACACAGUCAGAAAACUUACUUCUGUGUUGGUUUUUCUUGUUUUAUUGGUUUUGGGUUGUUUUGUUUUGUUUUUUUUUAUUUGGACUACUCAGGAAAAUGAAGGCUUCUAAAUAAAAUGAAGGUGGUGUCUAGAAGUCCUAUUUACUCUUACUGUUUGUACAAAUAAUUAUUUUGUUUAUUACUAGCUGGAUUUUGCAAGAGAAAUGGCAUCUGAUAAGUAGUUAAAUCAUCACUACCAAAGGUGACUGUCAUUUGAAAUGUGAUGGGCCAAAUCCCUAUCAUUUAGAUGUGAUUUUUUUUUUUAUUUUUAGAUGGUUGGGGUGUGUGUUAUGGUUCUGUAAGAACCAUGAAUUUCCAUGGAGAGCUUGAUAUGACGUUUCUAAAGCUUACUUAAGGUAAUUAAAAUAUUCUCAGUGAUCUAGUUAGCUUUGACCAAGCUGAUGCAAGUCUUGACUCCAUUCACACUAUAAUGAAAUUAUCAGAAAAAAUACUGUGUAAGAGAGUAGGAAGAUUUCAGGAUCUUGUUCUCUUCCUAGAAGCUAACCUGGUUCUUUACCUGAAAGCCAAGAUGAUUGGAUGUCAGUAUAAAAGAAUAAUUCCUUCCAAGUUUUCUUCUUCAACAGGGUAACUGAAGUGAUAAGAGUUUUAUAUAAACUUUAAGUCCUAAAUGAGAAGACAACUAGUACGUUGGACCAUAAUGAUUCAACAGUUCUAUAUAUCGGGACAUUUUUCUGCAAUGAGUCAGCAACACUCAGGAGACUGCUGUUUAUUAUCAGCAUUGCAGGGAGGAAGAAGAAUUAUAGGAAUAUAAAGUACAAAAAUCAUCUUAGGAGGAUGCUUUUUCUUUGUACUGUUUUUCCUUGGAAUGACAUAGCCUUGAGGGCAUCCAUGAAUUCUGAUCAGCAAGGCUGCUUUUUGUAUGAGUGACUGAACAUUCGUACUUGUAAGGGCUGGUACAGUAUGGAAGGGGAAAGCUAGAGAAAAA